CAAACUUCAAAGCAAUAAAGACUGAAAAUGUCAAAACAGCUUAAACUAUUUUGUUAAAUUAACUCUGUUCAUGUUGGCUAUAUGGGCUGUUGCCCAUUCCGCUUGUAAACAGCAUGUCAAUGCGAAAUCGUGAACGGUGGCAGAAAGUGCAGACGAUACUCAGCCGCUGGCACAAUGUCGCAUUCAGUAAAAAAUUCCUGCUCUUUACGAACCUGGGCAUCUCUAUUAGCUUAAGCAUGCUUGGCGAUACUAUGGAGCAGUCAUACGAGCGGUUAACGGGCCAAAUCGAAGGCUGGGAUCGUACACGUACAUUACGAAUGGGCAUCUCGGGCUUCACGGUAGGCAUUGUUUGUCAUUAUUGGUAUCAAUGUCUGGACUACUACUAUCCCAAGAGGACCUUAAAAACGGUUGUUCACAAAAUAUUGCUCGAUCAAUUCAUUUGCUCGCCAUUCUACAUCGGCGUUUUCUUUCUCACGAUGGGCUUGUUGGAAGAUAACACUUGGGAGGAAGUUAAAGAGGAGAUUAAUGACAAGGCACUGACGCUCUACAAGGCUGAGUGGACUGUAUGGCCAGUCGCACAAUUGAUUAACUUUUUCUUUGUUUCUCCGAAAUAUCGUGUUUUGUACGACAACACCAUAAGUCUGGGCUACGACGUCUACACCUCCAGGGUAAAGUAUAGAAAGAAGGAACCACCAAAGAUGCUUUCCAAUAGCGCAGCAUUGAACAUAUAUAAGGCGCAUCGAAAUCAAACUAAGCCAAGGCAACACCCAACAAAAAAAAAUUAAUAUACAAGAAUUGUAGAAGAUUUCUCCAAA